AUUAUAAUUAUGCUAAACAAAUUUCGUUUAACACAUUCCGUGUUCGAUAGAUUUCAGUAUGGCAGACAGCACUAUGAAUAUGAUGGCACCCAAACAAAAUAACUGAAUUGUCGUGUCACUCGUUUCAUGGAAUGGCAACAAGGAAAAAAGCUGAUGGUUAUAGAUGCAUUCACAUUUCUGAAAAGAGAUUGUUUCAGUGCAAGUUUUGCCUUAGAAUAGUAUCAACCAAGGAUAAUAUUCUGAAACACCUAUGUAGCCAGCAUGGCCUUUCUCCGUUCAAGGGUGUCAAGAAGUUGUACUUAAAAGAUGACGGUUUACCAGUUCCAAGAAGCACUGCAUACAAACGGAAGCAGGCCUCUAAAACAUUGACAUUCAAAGAUCAGGCAGGUGCUGGUACCUCUGAAAAUGUGUCAGACAACUUUUUCAAGGGUGUUGGAAAGGAACACUGCCAAUCUAACAUUGAAAUUCCUGACCUUUGUAACAGUGACAGUUCUCAUGAACAAACUUCUGAUGAAGCCACAGAUAGUGAUAGAUCUAAUUACAUUUUCUCAUCAGAGGAUAGUCUUUUCUCAGAUUCACAGUCAUCAGAUUCAGACGAAAAUGAAGAACAUUAUCCUGUCUAUGCAUCUGAUGCAAAGACCAAAGCAUUGAACUUGCUACAAUGUUUUAAAAGACACAAUUUAACAGCCUCUGCUUGCAAAGAUGUCUUGAAAACAGUUAAAGAUACUGUAAAAGACAUUUUGCCCGAAAAUGAAAAGGCAAUACAUUCGCUGCUUAGUUAUGAAAAGUUGCUAUCUCACAUACCAUCAAGUACUUAUAAAAAAAUCCAUUACUGUAGUGUUUGUGAGUGUGUAACUCCUAACAAUGGAAAUUCAUCUGAAUGCAAUUCAGAAAACUGCAGAGGAAGAAUAAAGUCCUUCAUGAUUGCAAAUGUGGCAGACCUGUUAUGCAAUAUGCUUAAAGCUCCAGGAAUUUUUGAAGACAUUCUUAUGACAAAGCAAAGAAUACAUCAAAAUGAAAAUGAUACAAAAAUAACAGACAUACAUAGUGGGAAAAUGUAUAAAGUUUCUGAAAGAAACUUACCAGAGUGUGAAAGUAUACAUCUCACUGGGACAAUGAACACAGAUGGAGUAAACUUGUAUUCUUCAUCAAAGGUAGAAUUAUGGCCAGUGUUUAUGGCGAUAAAUGAGUUAAGCCCAGAACUAAGAUUUUCAAGAGAAAACUUAUUGGUUUUAGGAUUAUGGCAGGGUAAAGGCAAACCACCCUUUAAACAGUUUCUGGCCUACAUCUGUCAGGAAAUAAACAUAUUGACACAAAAUGGCAUUCAAAUGGAAAUGGAAGAGAAGCUUUAUGUAGUGUAUCUAAGAGUGCUUUGCGUCACAAUGGACUUGCCAGCAAAAGCUGCAGUUCUCAAUAUGACUUUGUAUAAUGGGAGAGAGGCCUGUAUUUUAUGUGAGGAAACUGGUGUUACUGUGGCUCAAGGUCGUGGGCACUGUCGAAGCUACCCAUACCGAACUGAAAAUGAGUUAUUCCCGAUCAGAUCCCAUGAUAGUGUAAUAGAAUCAAUGAGAAAUGCAUCUGCAAUUCACAGAAUUAAAGGGUUCAAAGGUUUAUCUGGUCUGGCAUGUUUACAAGAAUUUGACCUGGUCAAUGGUAUUGUUCCAGAUUACAUGCAUGCUGUUCUUCUUGGAAUUGUUAAAACUAUCUUGAAUAAAUGGUUUUCACCUACAGAGAGUGGCAAAGAUCAUUUCAUUGGCAAAGAACUGAAACGUGUUUCCGAAAAGUUGUUGAAAAUAAAGCCACCUUACUUCAUCGAACGUUUGCCACGUGAUCUGGAGAAGAAUUAUGCUCACUUGAAAGCAACGGAACUUCAGACAUUUCUGUUAUAUUAUUCAAUACCAUGUCUCCAUGGUAUUCAUCAUGAACGGUACUUACAGCAUUUUGCUUUGCUGUCUGAAGCUAUUUUCAUUCUGUUAGGCGACGAAAUCACUGAAGAAAGCCUUUUUAGGUCGAAACAACUGCUGAACCAGUUUUAUCGUCAGUUUGCUGGCCUUUAUGGACAAGGGUCAAGUGGUUUAAAUGUACAUAAUGUUUGUGUUCAUAUGCCAAGUUGCGUGGAAAACUUAGGUCCAAUAUGGAGCUGGAGUUGCUUUGCUUUUGAGGAUGGAAAUUCGAUGAUCUUGAAGUCGGUACAUGGUACUGGAGAUGUUGUCAAGCAAUCUCUGAGGAAUCAGGAGAUUUCUAUGCACAUAAGAUCUAUAACAGGGGAGAAACAGUCAAAUCAGAGGAAAACGAAAGUGACUCUUGUGGCACAAAAUUGUGACAUAUUUGGUUCUGUGCAGACAUUUAGAGGUCAGCCAAGUGGGGACAUUUUACAUGCAUUAGGUGUUGAAAGUAGUAGAAGUUUGAGAAAGGUUCAAAGAAUAUGUGUUAAUGGCAACAAAUUCUACAGUGCAGAAUACUCAAGAAUGAAGAAGCGUACAUGUCAUGCUGUCCUUUAUUCUACUGACAAGUUAGGUUUGGUACACUACUUAUUCUAGUGAAUGAUACAAAUAAAGUUUAUGCUGUGAUGAAGAAGAUGAUACUGAACAGUACUUCUUGGCUGCAUACAUAUGAAGGAGGAAAACAUUUAAAACCAGUGCAAAUACAAAGUCAUGAGAUUGAUGUUGUACCUGUGGAACAGAUAAUGUGUACAUUGGUUUUCAUGGAUUUGGAGGUAGAUGCAGAAACAGCAAUAGUUGGGACAAGGCCAAACAAACAUGGACAUGCUGUAUUCAAGUGACUGAUAUUCUUGGCACAUUUUGUUUUUGGCCACGUUUCUAACAAAAAUUAUUAACACAUUACAACUUUUCAGUGUUAAGGCUUAGGUUGUGCAAACCAUCUACAUGUUCUAGUUUUUCAACGUACUUAUAUGGUCCUUCACGUACUUAUAUGGUCCUUCACAUUGACUUUUAUGUUUUGGAAACUUCACUUGUACUAUGCUGGGCUAAUUUUCACAGGACUCAGGUCAGAGCAAAGUCUUAAUAGUGUAUACCAUUCUCGUGCUCCAGUUCAUUGAUUUUGAAUGUGUUAUGACCCUUGAAUUGUCAAAGUCUAUUAUAUAUAACUAUUUUCUCUUAACACUAGAGGAAAUUACACCAAAUUUCACAGGACUGAUUAUUGCAAUAAGACUCCAGGCUCCUCAUAUCUUUGAAAUUUCAUGGUUUAAUGAUUGAAAGUGGUGUUAUGACCUCAAUCUUUAAAAUUUUACAUUGUGUAAUUUAAAGUGGUGGAAGACAAGUUUUUAUACUGAAAACUAAGUCAGACUCUCAAGUUUUAAAUUAGCUAAAAUAGCUUUAAUAUAAGUGUCUGAUUACAUGUUUUAGCACAGAUAUGAAUAACAUAUAAUACCUACUUAUAAGUAUUAAAAAUUGGGUUGCAUAGAUGUGUUCUUUUUAUAUGUAAAUGCUUAGUUUUGAAACAAUCGUUAUUGAUUUUUUAAUAUCAUAGAGCUCCUGUAGAGAAUUUUAAAUCUGUGAUAUAAGUUAAGCUUAAUUUCUUUCAAUGAAAGGCUCUAGGUCAUUACAUAUCUCUAUAUAUUUUUUUUUUCUCUUAGGAAUAUUUCUUGACUUUUUAGAGAUUUAUUAUUACGUGUAUAAGAUAAAUAGUUUUAAAAACUCUUCAAGUAUGAUACAUUGAUUAUUUCAAGAAUGCUUUGUGAAUUUUUUAACUCUCUUAAAAAUUCAUUAAACCUUCGUGAAAUUUCUGAUGAAUAGUUCAUGAGUAUUUUAAGGAUAUCAAGUUCAUAAAAUAUUCAU